CAAAGAAGAAGAAAUCAAGAAAUCAAGAACGCAACACAAACAAGUAAAAACAAAUGGAUUUUGGAAGGUUCCCGAUAAUCUCAAUCCUCGAAGACAUGCUAGAAGUCCCCGAGGAUCACAACGAGAAGAGCCGAAACAACCCCUCUAGAGCUUACAUGCGCGACGCAAAGGCCAUGGCGGCUACACCAGCCGACGUGAUAGAGCAUCCGAACGCGUACGUGUUCGUGGUGGACAUGCCUGGGAUCAAAGGAGAGGAGAUCAAGGUUCAGGUGGAGAACGAGAAUGUGCUUGUGGUGAGCGGAGAGAGGCAGAGGGAGAACAAGGAGAGCGAGGGCGUGAAGUACGUGAGGAUGGAGAGGAGAAUUGGUAAGUUUAUGAGGAAGUUUCAGCUUCCUGAGAAUGCGGAUUUAGAGAAGAUCUCUGCCGUUUGUAACGAUGGUGUUUUGAAGGUGACUGUUGAGAAGCUUCCUCCUCCUGAGCCAAAGAAACCGAAGACUAUUCAGGUCCAAGUUGCUUGAGUUUGUUGAUUUCUCCUUUUGUUUGGUUCUCGGGUCUGAAUGUAAUGGGAAUGCGAGAGACUGCGUGCUGUGUGAUCUAAGAUGUAAUAAAAGUGCCUGCUCUGUUUUAAUUUUCUUUUUUGUUAUUUUAAUUAAUGAGGUUGGUUUAAGUA